AUGCUCAGUCAGCUUCAGGAGCGCAUAACGGCGCGCGUCACAGAAAAUGAGACCGUCUCAAAAGCAUUUGCAGUAAGAAACGGGGUGAAGCAGGACUUCGUGCUCGCCCCAGCCUCCCUCAGCCUCAUGUCCUCUGGUAUGCUGAUGGACGCCUGCAAUGAUGAGCUUCCUGGACUCCGAUUCUUCUACAGGACCGACGGCUCUAUUCUCAGCAGCCGGCGCGUGCAGGCCUCAAAGUAUCUCUCUACGACGACUAUCCACGUCCGGCUCUUCGCUGACGACUGUGAACUUAACACCGAGACGGGGGCUGACGCGCACGGAGUAUGGAACUCUCCGCCUCCAGUUGUGCCUACUUCGGGCUGA